UAUGGAUUUCAUACCAGAUAGCCCGGUGAAUAAUUCGACUCCUGUUGAAAGUGAAAACAACGCAUACAUCAAACAAAAACGGGCUCUUCAAAGAAUCACAGAGGAACCAGUGGAACCAGUGCUAGAGGCUGCAACCACAAACCAGGUUUCCAUGCCGAAUAAGGACAUAACUCGAAUAUCACCAGACCGUGUCCCCCUAAACCCCCCAGAAGCUGACGCGCAACCAAUCCCUGAGGAACAGCCACAGUUCUCAGCACUUAUCUCGAGCGAGACUAAAAAGCAAACAAAAGAAGUAAACCCCAAAGCUCUUUUAGAACGUGAAAUUUCUGACAGCAAAAGAGAGGUUGCCGCGAGCCGUACUGUACAACCCAGCACAACAGGUGGCUUAUUGGGAAAAGUCCAAGCCAAUAACUAUGUGGAUGAUCAUCCGAAAUCACCGGUUGAAGAGGUCUAUGACCGGAUCAGGAUCAUGGAUGAAGAAGAGAUCACGAUAGAUACCAGACUUUCUAAGCGAAAGCACGCGUCCCUACCGUCUCCAUGCACUAGUUUUGACCAGCAAAUAAUCCACAUGGGUGAUAGGCAGAAGGGCCUGAGUAAGACGAAUGUAUACGUUGAUCAGUCACGGGACGGCCGCGUUCUAGCUAAGGAACACCAGCUUUAUCCGGAGCCCAAAAUCCAACAUCAACGUCAUGCAACACCUGUGGCAAUCAACACACGUUCGAUGGUUAGCGAGUCAGGGAGCCCUCUGAGCCCUUCGAAGCCGAAGGUUGUGGAUGUAGGAAUAUCCAAACGGAAUUCACUACAUGAACUUCAACAGCCGAUCAAUUACGAAGAACGACUCAAACUUACAGAAAGACCCCACAUCUCCGCUAACCAUGAUAUUUCUUGGCCUGUGUAUCCUUCACAGAUAACCUCAGAUUUCGAGCCUCGGCUCCUUAAAGCUGACGUUCCUCCGCCGGCUAGACGUGUGACUCCUCAGGCAUCCAAACUGACGAGACAGAAACCCCUAGAUCGAUUAGAGAAUUAUCGGCCCAUGCCCCAAGUAUUAAGUCCCAGCUCAAGUAUCCAACGUCCAGCAAAAUGUCCAGAGGAUACUGCUCUUCAAGCCCCGAGAUUGGAUCCGAGAUCCCUAGAUUUCGCUCGUAGAGUUGCGCAAGAACAGAAAGAGAGGGGCCCAAACCAAGUCGAUGAAUAUAGACCAGGAAAGGAAAAAUAUCAGGUCGUCAAAGAGCCGUCAUGGGUGCAAUCAAAAUCUGCAGUGAUGCCCUGGGAUGCCUCAAGGCCAUCGCUUUCCGAAGCUGAUAACUCGAGGGAAUUCCUCGAUAAACGAUCUCCAAGGAGACAUGAACGUAAGCCGGGUAACCAGGCACCGAAGCCCGAGUACGAGACAAAAUGGCAGGAGGCAGUAGAUGCGGCCUCUGGGGGUGUGGUAGAUACUCUUCAUUUUAUCUCCACGGUAAAAUUCCUCUUUCCCUCAAAACAGAGUUUUCAUAACGCCUACUAAUCAGAGAAUAGAGCCUUCUUGAACAUUUAAGAAGUCGGGAUGAAAGUAUCAUUGCAGUCGUUAAAGAGUAUAAACGUAACGGUGCGAAGAUAUCGGAGAGAUUAGCCAAACGUCAAUCAGGAGAAUGGCACCAAGCAUCAGUCACGGCUGAGCAGACGUGUUUGGAGCUUGCAACAAUAUACGGAGACUUGUCUCGAAAAACACAAAACUUUCGGACUAAGUGUUUGUCUAAUCGUCGGAACCAAGCGUAUGUGGAAUGGCAACAGCAAGCGGCACGAAUCAAGAGUGCCGUACGCGCUGCUAGAGAGGAGGCGAGUCUGGGUUGAAGAGGAACAAAUCUGAAAAAUAUGUGCUUCUACCAAUGCUCGAUCAGUCAUAUGUCGACACAAGGCUAAAUUUGCUGCCAUCAAACUACAUUAUAAUUUGCAAGAACAUGUGGGAAUCACCUUGGAAGUUUAAUUGAUG